CCAAGGAAUCGUCUAAAAUCCCUUGAGUAUUACACGGAAGUAGGAUUGGAGACGAAUUUGUUUUGAUUUUCAACAUUCACCGUGUUGACUAAAGAAAUACCAACUGGCUCAGUUGAAUUUGCAACGCAAAACGAAUUUGACAGAACAUGUCUAAACUAGAGUUCUUGCGUGUGUUUUUGAACGAGCGUUUAACGGCUGCUGCUGUGGAGAUUUUCGGGGCAGUUGAGAAAACGGUAGUGGGGUACCAGGAGGAGAAUGAUCGGCUACGGAGACUGCUGUGUAUCACACCGAAGAUAACAUGUAUAGACUCCCUGCAGCUCUCUCCCAUAGUUUCUGAAGAGGAGGUUCCCCCUGAGCAGCAGCACUGUGAGCAAGAGUGGAGCCCCAGUCUGGGGCAGGAGGACCCAGAGCCCACACAGAUUAAAGAGGAACAGGAGGAACUCGUCACCAGUCAGGAGGAAGAGCAGCUUCAAAGGCUGGAGGCUGAUAUCAUAGAGUUUAAGUUCACUCCUUUCUGUGUGAAAAGUGAAUGGGAUCAGGAGGACUCACUUUGGUCCUUGACUCUUCCUCAAACCCAGACUGUGGAGAACAGAGACAGUGACUCUAAACCAGUGGAUUCUAAACCUUUUGGCACUGUGACCCACCUAAAGGGUCUCGGAAAUCCCUGUGACCCUCCAUAUAAUCAAAACAAUGACUCCAGCCAUUGCUCCGUUGUAAGUCGCAACCCAGUAGGACUUGACAGCAGCCCUCCAUGGGGGGAACACUGUUCCAAACCCAUCACCAUGUCGAGAAAAACUCACCGCUGCUGUGACUGUGGUGAAACGUUUGCUCUGAAAGCUGACCUACAGAGGCAUGUUACUCUCCCCAAGGAGAGACCCAGUGAAUGCUGCUUCUGCAAAACAAACUACAACUCCACCUGUAAACUGAAGGCACAUGUCCAACUCUGUCAUGGUGGGAAACCCUGCAGCUGUCCUGUUUGUGGCAAGACCUUCAAUGUGAAAGGAGAUCUUUCCAAGCACAUGAUGAUUCACACAGAAGAGAAACCAUUUAGCUGUAGCUGUGAUGACUCUGGGAAGAGCUUCAAUCUCAACGAACACUUAACCAUAGAUAUACUGACUGGCACAGGAAGGAAACCAUUUAGCUGUGGUGUCUGUGGAAAAGGCUUUAGUCAGAAGGGUUCCCUUACAAAGCAUAUAUUUACUCACACAGGAGAGAAACGAUUUACCUGUAGUGACUGUGGGAAAGGCUUCCAUCAGAAGUGGACCCUAUCUGAACAUAUACGUACUCACACAGGAGAGAAACCGUUUAGCUGUGGUGACUGUGGGAAAAGCUUCAAUUUGAAGGGGAACCUAAGGAAGCAUAAACUGACUCACACAGGAGAGAAACCAUUCAGCUGUGGUGACUGUGGGAAAAGUUUCAAUUUGAAGGGGAACCUAAGGAAGCAUAAACUCACUCACACAGGAGAGAAACCGUUUAGCUGUUGUGACUGUGGGAAGAGCUUCAAUCUCAAGCAACACCUAAACAUGCAUAAAUUGACUCACACAGGAGAGAAACCAUUUAGCUGUGGUGACUGUGGGAAAAGCUUCACUCAAAAGUCUAGCCUGCUGACACAUGUGAAAACCAUCCACAAAGAAAUAAAACUGGAUGAAAAUUGAUAGAAGCAAUUAAAUUAUGACAAAUAGAUAUUAUGUAAGAAGAAGGAAAUUAAAGGGUAGGAUGUGGACAUCACUCUUAGGGGGGGAAAAACUGAAGAAAACAACUCUGGAUAAUUCAUAUUCAUAUAGAUGUGUGAUUAAUUUACUUUUGUAAAUAAAGUUAGAUUUGAUUUGAAUGAUGAGGUAAUGAUAAAACAGAAAAGAGUAUUUUAGGAAACACACAGAUCUGCUGUUCAAAGUCUGUCGAUGUUUUCACGGCAUUAGAAACAGGAAUUCCUCUUAGUUUGUUUUGGAAUUUCUCUCAGGGUGAUGAGAAAAUGGUCUGACUGUAAAGGCAGUCAAUGUUGUUCUCCCCCUUAGACGAGAAGGAGCAUGGAUAGGACCAAGAUGCGGAUUGAGGGAAAUAAGCCAUCUUUUAAUGAAAAAACAGCAAACAAGACACUACAAACUACAAAACAACAAACGUGACUAACCUUCAACUGUCCUGUGAGGACACAGGAACAAACACCCACAAAAGCCUACUGCCUAUGGCUACCUUAAAUCUGGCUCCCAAUCAGAGACAAAUGAAUGACAGCUGUCUCUGAUUGAGACCCAAUCUAGGCAGCCAUAGACAUAACUAGACAACCUAACAAACACUAUCCCAUACACAUACAACACCCAUGGACUAACCAAACACACACAACAUACAAUGCCCACCCCAACUCACGCCCUGACCAACUAAACAUAAUCAAAAUAACAUAAAAAUAGGUCAGGAACGUUACACUGACUGUUAUUUGUACAAAAAAAAAAGGACUUUCCAGAAAAUGCUAAAGACUGUUUCUCAUCCAUUUUGACCUAAUGCUGCUUAUCUAAAUUAUAAUAUAAGCCUUCUAAGCUGCGGGAGAGUCUACAAUUUUGGGUUGAUUUUCUUCAUUUUAGGUUAAAAAGAAGAGUGUCGUCCUCUUACAUCUUGCUGUACACUUGAUAUGUGUUGGGGAUGAAUCAGAAUUAGUUGGAAAGAUGUUUUAUUUUCAUAAUAUGCUUGUGAGAUACUUGUCAUUAAAAUAUUUCCCUUUGGACUAUAGGGUUGGCAGUUGCAGUUAUCACUUCUCAGCUAGGGCUUAGUCACUUGGGGCCCAGAGAGGGGAGAGGUCAGGCUUGUCUUCAUAUGUCAAUGUAUCUGUUAAACAAUGUCUGUACGCCAGUCACUCCCUCAUUUUCUCAUUGGGGGGAGGAGUAUGGCAGUGUCUGGAACCAUUGUAUGUCCCCUCUGAGGUUGCCCUUAUCUUGACCUAGUAUAUGACCUAAGAGGCUCACUGUCUUCAGUGAGUUUGUCCAGGUUGGGGUGUAUUUGAGAUGGGAUUAUCUAGAAUUGACAAUUGAUAUAUGCCAUUGGAUGAGGUAAUGUUUUGGUACUCUGUGAAGUACCAAGAAUGAGAUUAGAACCUCGUUUAGGAGACCAAACUGAACGAUAAUUUAUAGCGAAUGCUGUCUAGCUAUGGGAUACCCCUCUCUCAAGUAAAGUCUUUCUUUGUGAGCAGUUCCUAUUAUCUGUUGUUUGUCAUGUCGACUAGGGGGUGGAUCUUUGCUAUAAAAGAUCUCAGUUGCCAUUAUGUUGGCCACUCUCAACUUUUCAUUAGAGAUACUGAAAUGUUGAAAGUCAAAUGCUAUUGCAAAAGCUUAAUUAUUAUUAAAGGUGAAGUUUAAGUAUAA